CCUGCCAGUGUUGUUUUACAGACGCCGAUCGAGGGGGUCAGAACUUGUUGGACAUUUUGAGACGAUCACAGCAACAUCGUUGACGGGGAGAGUUGUAUCCGUCAUAUUCUGAGAAUGAGGACUUGGCCGUUGUUGCUUGUCGUCACGGCUGCCGUUGUGGCGGUCGUGUUUGCAGAGGAGGAUGAUCAAAGUCAUCAUCUGACAAAGCGUAGUCGAUCACGCGAACGUAUGGAUUACGGGUGCACGAGCUGCUUUGGCCGAGGCAGUCGAGAAGGUCGUCGGUACGGAGGCCGCAGUCGCGGAGGUUACAGUCAUGGAGGUCAUAGUCAUGGACAUAGUAGUGGAGGGCGGAGUCGUGGAGGAAGACGCAGCAGGGGUCGACAUAGUCGAGGUCGUAGUGGAGGGAGAAGCAGACGUGGCCACUCCUCGGAGUCAGACGAGUACGAUAAUGGUGGACAACCAUCUUGCAGGUGCCCGUUCCAGUUUCAAGGUCAACAGGGACGGAGCCAAGGACCACAGUUUGGUUCAGUAGGCUACGGGCGUCAAGGCGGACACAGUGACGGAUUCUACCGUCAGUGGUACAGAGCUUUCUCCACCCACCCCUGCUGCGGAGGUAGGACUGGCACCAUCACCUUCCUUCAGAGAACACAAGGAUCUCGCCAGGGGCCCCGGUAACGUCUUAAAUAGCACAACACUGCCAAUAAUGUGUUGAGCUAUGACGUCAUCAAUAAAAAUUCACCUGAGAAA